AUUGGCCACCAAAACUGAAGUCGCCAUCCGCCAUCUUGAUACUCCCAAAACAACCAUGCCCACCUGUGCGUUAAUCGCCAGUUUCGUGGCUGUGAGAAAACGUUCCACAGACGAACGGGGCGGAGAGCGAGAAAGGGAAACUCGUGCAAGAGCGCCGGCGGACAUCUGCCUGCGCACUUCACAUCUGGACUGACUCGACUCGGUUCGGCUCGGCUGCGAGAUGGCUCUUCAAGCGACGAGAAUCCCAGAGCUGAACCACACAGUUACCAACCACACGGUCCCGGAAGAAAAGAGCUGCAUCGAUCCGGACCUUUGGGACGCGCUGACCGGCAGCCAGCCCAUCUACAUGGGCGUCAUCACCGUGCUGGGGGUGGUGCUGAACGCUUUGGUUCUGCUGGUGUUCUGCCUGCACAAGAAGGCGUGCACGGUGGCCGAGAUCUACCUGAGCAACCUGGCGGCCGCCGACCUCCUCCUGUCGUGCUGCCUUCCGUUCUGGGCCGUCAACAUCGCCCAGGGUUUCAACUGGCCUUUCGGCGCCGCCAUGUGCAAAACUGUCAACGCGGGCAUCAAGAUGAACGUUUACAGCAGCAUCUACUUCCUGGUUCUGGUGAGCAUGGAUCGCUACGUGGCGCUGGUCCACCCGAUGUCGCACGGGCGGAUGCGUCGACCCAAGUACGCCAAACUGGGCGUUCUGCUGGUGUGGGCUUUCGGUCUGCUCCUGAGCGCCCCGACGCUGGUCUUCAGGGUGGUGAAGCACUUUCCCGAGUACGACGUGCACGCCUGCGUCUUGGAUUUCCCCAGCCGGGGCGUGAUGCUGAUGUGCGACAUCAUGCUAAUUGUCUUCAGCUUCGUCAUCCCGAUUGCCGUCAUCUCGUUCUGCACCGUCAAGAUCAUCCAGGUGUUAAGCAAGCGCUCGAUUGAGCGGUUCAACGCUGAGAAAAGUGAGCAGAAGGCCACCACGCUGGUCUUGGCCGUCCUGGUCGCCUUCCUCAUCUGCUGGGUCCCGUUUCACGUCGUCACGGUGCUGGACGUGCUGAUCAAGGCCGGCGCGAUGGGCGGGUGUCACCUGGAAGCGGCCGUGGACAUCUGCAGCCAGAUCUUCGACUACCUGGCCUUCUUCAACAGCAUCGUCAACCCCAUCCUGUAUGUCAUCGUGGGGAAAAACUUCCGGAAAAAGGCCCGGGAAGUGUGCAGGCAGUGGCCGCGCGGCGGCACGGCCGUGGCGUCCAGUCGUUCAAACAAUUCUGCGACGCUGAGGACGUUCACGUAAAAAUCGGAUCAGCCAAGGGAGGGAAGAGGAAGGAGGGGGGGACUCUCCUUGGCGUGGCAUCCAAAAAACACAUUUCAGCCCAAAGCGGAGGAAUUUUUUGAUUUGAAAAUACCUUAGCGGGGCUCCAUCUACUUAGCUAGCACACGAUAUGCUCUCUUUCUUUCCGGCUAGCAGGAGAACUACGAUUUCUAAUCCGAGGGCAACGGGCUGGCCUCAAACUGAUUUACUGUAAAACGUCAUAACCCAAUCGAGAUCUUUGCUAGCAGGGAUGGAAAAAUUGCUUGGAUUAUUUAUCGCGGUCACAACCAAGGAUCACACUGUAUUAAAUUUCUAAUCGUUGAUACUACCGUGUUUAGUAUCUCCGUGAAUAUUGUAGUUGGUUCGAUCCAUCGUGUGUGCGCUGCGACGGCAAACAAAACCCGAAAAGAAGAUGUAAAAUAGCGAUAAAGAGGAUGCGAUUGAAACAGAAGAUGACGAGUAUCCCUUGUCGCGACGUGAAGUCACUUGUUGCUCGGCAGAAUUAGUAGUACACUGUUAUUCCUGCCUCAAAGUGGUUUUUUUUUCUAUUUAUGUGUGUCUAUGGGUUGUUUUCACGCGAUGUCACCCAUGGAGCUGCCUCGAACGGCGGCCAUUUUCAAUCCCUGAGCUCCCGUUACUCAUAUAUAGGCAAGGUGGGGGACAUUAUGUUUAUAACUGCAUUUAUUGAAGACGCGACCGACACCGCACAAGCCCAGAGUGACUAUUAGGCUACCUGGCAUACACGCAUCAUGGGACUCAGGACUGCGUCACAAAGGCGCAGUAUUUUUGCCCUUGAACUUUUACUCUAUGUGACAGAAAUCACAAAGGAGGAGCACUUACCUGUAUGCUAACACGGAAAACAAAUUUUUUUUUUUUUUAAUAUCGAGGCAUACUCCAUUUAUCCCUUUUUUUUUCUUCAAAAAGUAAAACCUGUAUAUUAGUUCACCACAAGGAAAGCGAAAUGUUUAUUAUUUGGUUAAAAUUUGAUGACAAUGGCAGAAAGACAGGUCGAUUAAGCUUGUUAGCUUAGCUCGGCGACACAUCAGCACGUUAGGGUUAGCGUGAUAGCACCAUCAGGCAAUCGUCCACAAAGCCAAGUCUUCAGCGAGUUAGCGAGAGUUGUCAAAAGAAAGUCAGAAGAAGGCUCUCUGAUGGUUACCAAGUCCUCUCUUGUGUACUUGUGUCCCGAGACGCCCGCGAAACACAAAAACACAAACAGUAACCGAGAGUAUUUCGAAGACUUCUACACUGGGUACGCGUUAGGUAGAGAGGUUAAAUGGCGGCGCGCAGUGGUGUGUGGCUAAUUCAGUGAAAACAACCCAAAAGACGUACUACUUUCUUGGACAGCUAACAGGCUGAUGCGUCGUCACAAAACAGCACAAAAGAGGAAAUGACUGCAAAAAAAUAAAAUAAAAAUUGAGUAUGUUUUAAGGGAAAGAAACUAUUAUUCCUCACUUUUCUUUUUUUGUAAAAACACUGUACAAUCCAAUUCCACUGCCCAUGUAAGCUCGCGAGCUAAUGAGCUGCUAUUGUGAUCGUAAGAUCCUCUUGAGUCGCUACGAAGUCGGUUGAUGAUUUACAAAUUCAAAGGCCUGCAAUCAUUCGGACUCGAACAGCCCUCAUCAGUUUAUUCAAACACGUUUAAACAUUCGAGCCGCCGAGUAUGAAUGAGUCACAGCCCACUGACGAAGUUUCCAGUGGCGAUGCGCCACCGCGCCGUUUUUUUUUUUUUCUUUCCUCCUCGGCUGUCGCUUGGAUUGUGGAACUUUUUUUUUUUUUUUUUCCACAAAACCACAAUCAUGCAGCCCACUCAGGGUUGACUCACGGGUCUGUGGGUGGGUGCGCGCACACGCCCCAAAACGAACGGAUGGAAUACCAAAAAGGCAGUGGGGCACGAACCACACUUGCGGACUCCCUCUGGAGUAGAUUAGAUGGGAUUUGUCGCAUGUAUUUUUACAAAUCUGUCUUUCCCGGAACGCAAUUAUGUUUGUUUAUUGUAUGAGAUCAAAUGUGUUAUUACAAUAUUGUUAUCAAAGCAAC